CGAAGAAGAAGAUAUUUUCUUUAAGGCAGUGUUUGUUUGUUGUUGUUCCGUGCUUUUGAUUCUACAAUAGCAACGAUGGGAAACACGUUCUGUUUAUUCUGUGGAUGCGUUGCUCAAUCGAGCGUCGGCGUCGUCGAACAGUGGGGUCGCUUCCACCGCCUCGCGCAACCCGGUUGCCACUUUUUCAACCCUCUCGCCGGCGAAUGCCUCGCCGGAAUCCUCUCCACCAGAAUCUCCUCCCUCGACGUCCGCAUCGAGACCAAAACCAAGGACAAUGUGUUUGUGCAAUUGCUGUGUUCAAUUCAGUACCGAGUGAUUAAGGAAAACGCGGACGAUGCUUUCUAUGAAUUGCAGAAUCCUCAGGAGCAGAUCCAGGCUUAUGUUUUCGAUGUGACACGUGCUAUUGUUCCGAGAAUGAACUUGGAUGAGCUCUUUGAGCAGAAGGGCGAGGUUGCUAGAGCUGUCUUGGAGGAACUUGAAAAGGUGAUGGGAGAGUAUGGGUAUAAUAUAGAGCACAUACUCAUGGUUGAUAUUAUACCCGAUCCUUCUGUGCGUAAGGCAAUGAAUGAGAUCAAUGCAGCUCAAAGGAUGCAACUUGCAAGUGAGUACAAAGGAGAAGCUGAAAAGAUAUUGCUAGUUAAAAAGGCAGAAGCUGAAGCUGAGGCCAAGUAUUUGGGCGGGGUUGGUGUGGCUAGGCAACGGCAAGCUAUUACAGAUGGCUUGAGAGAGAACAUCCUGAAUUUCUCUCACAAAGUAGAAGGCACUAAUGCUAAGGAGGUGAUGGAUCUUAUCAUGAUAACUCAGUACUUUGACACAAUCAAAGACCUUGGGAACUCAUCAAAGAAUACCACUGUUUUUAUACCCCACGGACCUGGCCAUGUUAGGGAUGUUGGAGAGCAGAUACGCAACGGACUGAUGGAAGCAGCCAGUGCUCAAGUAAAUGUGGAGGAGUGAUUUUGUAAUAUUGCCUUCGAAGGUAUAGCCCUUUGCAGUCACACACAGUCCAAUUAUACUGGUAUUACUCGUGUAAUUAAUAAGUUUCUGCUUAGUUUUGUGGAAUAAAAGUUUUUGGUCAGCUGGAUGUAAAAUCAGAUGUUUUUCAGUCGUAUUAUGUAAACUUUGCUGUCAUGCUAUAUUUUAGCAAUUCGAAAGGUAAUAUAGAACCAAAUUCAUAUGAAUUAAAUGAAA